AUGUCGACAAAACGUAAAAGUUCACAUUCCAUUGGUUCUCGAUCUGGUUCAACAAUUUAUACCAUAGCUACAACAUCAACCACAUCUACACCCUCAACAACAACAACUACAACUACUACAAUCACAUCACCCUCAACAACUUCUUCUAGUUCUCCAACUUCUACUAGUAGUACGGGGCCAAUUGUACCAGCACCCUCUUCUUCUAGUUCCAGUAGUGGUAAUAGUAGCAAGUUCUCUUCUACAAGUAGAUUUAAUAAUCCACUGAGUAGUAGUGCUAAAAGAUUAAUGAUUUUGAAAAUUCUCGUAUAA